AGCUCAAGGGGUUAGUCUUUCUGUUCAAGUAACUUUCAAAGUAGCAUUCAUGGUAUAAAAAUAAUGAAACUCCCAAAAUACAGACACCCUGGAAAAAACUUUCCUGAUAGUGUUGAUGAAGAUGAUAAAUUAUCAUAUAAGGGUUUUAAAAUCUUUGUUGAAUAUUCCUUUAAAACAAUCUUAAGUUUUCAGUCAUGCUUUCAUAAGAUUGAAUAAAAUGUGGAAUCAACUGAAUUUUAAAGAUACUAUGAAUGACUAGUUGGAAGGUAAAAGAAAUAUGAUUCUUAAUGUCAUACAAAUAGUAGGAAAUGUUUUUUCCAGAAUCACAUUAAGAUCAACACAAAAUUUCAAAAAUCAUUGUUUUUAAAAUCUAUGCCUGCCAGUUGAUUUUUUGGCAUAUUCUUUCAUUCCAUGCCCAUAAAUGUUUUUCUUAAUAUUCAACUCUCUUUUUCCAGGCGUGAUUCGUCUCAUAGAUGGAAGCAUUCAUUUGGAUAAGGAUAAGUAUGAGCUCAACGUGACGGCAAAAGAUGAUGGAGCCUGUUGCAAGGAUGGUGCCUUGACCACUCACACCAGUACUGCCCUGGUUGUUGUGUUCAUUACUGACGUGAAUGAUAACAAGCCUGUGUUUGAAGAUUGUGAUAACUAUCACCCGAAAGUUCAGGAAGGAGCGGAAAGAAAUACUUUUGUCAUUAGGGUUGAAGCAACAGAUCAAGAUAAAGGAUAUAACGGGCAAGUCAGAUAUUCAGUGGUUCAGCAGCCAAAUCAACGAGGAAUGAAGUUUACUGUGGAUGAAAUCACUGGAGAUGUACGAACCAAUAAGGUUUUUGACAGGGAAGGAGAAGAUGGCCGCUUCGUGAGCGUCACUUUGAAAGCAACCGAUCGUGGAAAUCCUCCACUUGAAGGAGUCUGCUCAUUUAAAGUGGAGAUCACAGAUGUGAAUGACAAUCCACCUCUAUUCCAUCGUUCGGAAUACCAUGAGAACAUCAAGCAGGACACCCCGGUUGGAAACAAUGUGCUUCGCGUGGCAGCUUCGGAUGAAGAUGCGGAUAACAACGGUGUAGUGAUCUACAGCCUUUAUGCCAGAUCUGUUGAUCAUGAUGGAUAUUUUGAGAUAAAUCCUGAAUCUGGAUUUAUUAGAUUGAAGAAAGCUCUUGAUCAAGAAAAAUACUUUUUAAGAGCUGAAGCUACUGAUAAGGGGGAUCCACCCUUGAAAGCAUCUGUCAACAUUAUCAUAGAAGUUGUUGAUCGAAAGAAUAAUCCUCCUGUUUGGCGACAACCAGUCUAUGGACCCAUUCUUGUUAAAGAAAACAUUCAAACGGGUACCAAGAUAUUAUCUGUGAUAGCAAGUUCUGGCAUUCCUGACAAUCCUCGAGUCUUCUAUACACUGAUCAAAGGUGGAACUGAACAAACCAACAGCAAAGAUACUUUUUAUCUCAAUCAGUACUCUGAAAAUGGUGAAACAUGGGCUGGUAUUCAUGUCAACUAUGUGUUAGAUUAUGAGAAGAUUCAACAGUACAAUUUAACUGUCCGUGUUGCGAACAAUGGUGCUCAACAACUAGCAAGUGAAGCCACAGUUUAUAUUUUGCUGCAGGAUGUCAAUGAUGAAAUUCCUUUGUUCAUUGAACAAGAACUAGAAACUGUUCUUGAAGGAAUGCCUAUUGGAACUAAAGUUACUCAAGUCAGAGCGGUCGACAAAGAUGGCACUUAUCCCAACAACAAGGUUUACUAUUCCAUCGAGCCGAAAGACGACGGGGACAAAUUCCGAAUCGACAGGGAAAGUGGUGAGAUCUUUACUAUGGAGGAGUUUGACCGAGAAGAGCGGCAAUCUUAUGUGAUUAUUGUGAAAGCUGAAGAUGGAGCCCCUUCUGCAAGACCCAACGUGCCUCCUCCAGAACCAAACUCAGUGACCAAGUACAUCCGCAUCGGGAUCGGCGACAAGAACGACAACCCCCCGUACUUCGAACAAGCCUCCUACGAAGCCGAGGUCAACGAAGAUGAGGAUAUCCAGCACACGGUCAUCACUGUCACCGCCAAGGACAAAGACGAAUCUUCUCGGAUUCGUUACGAGAUAACAGCUGGAAAUAUAGGAGGAGCCUUUGCUGUCAAAAACGAGACUGGAGCCAUUUACGUAGCAAGCCCACUUGACUACGAAACCAGGAAGUCGUAUAACUUGACAUUGGUCGCUUCGGACACUUUGUUCGAGAACCACACCACUGUUUUCAUCAAGGUGAAGGACAUCAAUGACCUUCCUCCCAAGUUCGGACAGUCGCUCUACCAAACGCACAUUCUCGAAGAAGAUUCCGAUGGACUGCCCAAAAGAAUCCUCAAGGUCAGUGCUACUGACGGAGACCUUGAUCGCAAUUCCAAAAUCUUGUAUUUCCUCACGGGUCAAGGCAUUGAGGAAAACCCAGAGAACAGCAAAUUCGCCAUCAAUGAUACAUCGGGAGAGAUUUAUGUACUUAAACCCUUGGACAGGGACCUCCCCCACGGACGUUCCCAGUGGCGUUUCACCGUGUACGCCACUGAUGAGGAUGGAAAAGGCCUGGUGGGGUACGCCGAUGUCCUCGUCAACCUCAAGGACAUCAACGACAACGCACCCUUCUUCCCGCAAGCCAUCUACACGGGAAAUGUCACAGAAAAUGGCACAGCUGGCAUGACUGUGAUGACUAUGACCGCUACCGACUACGACGACCCGAAUGAGGGUUCCAAUGCCAAGCUAAAGUACACCAUUGAGCAAAAUCAGGUGAAUGAGAACCAUGAAUUGAUCUUCGCGAUCGACCAAGAUACGGGAGUCAUCAGCACUGCCGUGUGCUGCCUGGAUCGUGAAGCCAUAUCCGAGUACACCAUCAAAGUUGUGGCAACUGAUGGUGGUGGUCUGCAAGGUACUGGGACUGCAACCAUCAAAAUUAAAGACAUCAACGACAUGCCACCCGUGUUCACCAAGAAACAGUGGUAUGUGCAAGUGGAUGAAACUGAAGGUGAUGACAUUCCCGAGCUUCCAAUUUUAGUAGUUUCUGUCAAAGACGAGGACUUGCUGGAGACAAAUAGAUUCAGUUAUAAAGUCAUCAAUAACACUUUUGGGGCGGACAAAUUUACGAUGGUUACAAACUCCGAUGGAACAGGCUCUCUUAAAAUUGCAAAGCCACUUGAUUACGAAGAUCGUAUGCAGCGGCAUGGCUUCAAUAUCACCAUCCAAGUGAGCGAUCAUGGUGGUGAGACCUCAAAUGCAUAUCACAUAGACUACUCCAAAGUUUACAUUGGCCUCAUCGACAUCAACGACAACCCUCCCGAAUUUACGGAUCCCUUGCAGAAGGCAAGCGUGUUUGAAAAUGUGACAGUUGGAAGCAAAGUGGCACAAUUUCAAGCACAUGAUCCGGAUCAGGCUGGGAAAUCCAUGGUUAGGUACUCUAUCGAUCGUUCAUCUGAUAAGCGAAGACAGUUUAAAAUCAGCCAAUCUGGUGUUGUGACUAUCCAGAGAUCCUUAGACAGAGAGACAACUAAUCGUCAUGAUGUCAGAAUUCUAGCCACAGACGACGGGGUGCCUACAAGAACUGCAACAGCGACAUUGCUCGUCGACGUUUUGGAUGUGAACGACAAUGCUCCUCACUUCCGAGACUUCUAUCGUCCCGUCGUCAUGGAAAAUGUCCCGCCUCCUGUCAAGGUUAUCGAAAUCUUUGCGGAUGAUCCAGACUUGCCGCCUCAGACUAAGCCGUGGUUUAAGUUCCAACUAGAUGAUAAUGCUGACAGUACUAUCAAGAAAUCUUUUAAAGUUGAAUUCAACAGAGACGGAGACAAUGGAAAAGGCUCUGCCACAGUAUUUACAAGAGUGAAAUUUGAUCGAGAACAGCAAAAAGAAUACAUGGUGCCCAUAGUCAUUGCCGAUAGUGGAGUCCCAUCCCUUACCAGCACAAACACCCUGACAGUCAUCAUCGGUGAUGAAAAUGACAAUCCCAUGUAUCCAGGAGAAAAAGAUAUCUUUGUGUAUAGUUACAAAAGUACCACCAAACCUACCCGACCAGUGAAAGUUCCCAUUGGCCGUGUCCAUGUGGAAGACGAGGAUGACUGGGAUCUCAACGACAAAGUGUUUUAUUGGAAGGACAAUAAAGCACAUCCAAAUUUCGAUCUCAAGGUGGACACCGGAGAAAUAUCAAUGACCGAAAUGGUCAGUGGCGGAAAGUAUACACUUUAUUUCACUGUCAUAGACCAGAAAAGGAAUGAGGAAGUUUCUGCCGUCGUCACCGUUACUGUCAAGGAUAUUCCUGAAGAGGCUGUAUACAGUUCUGGAUCUAUUAGAAUUUCAGGCCAUUCUGAUGAGGAUUUCAUUCGUGUGUGGGACUGGAAAAAUAAAGUUCAAGUUGAGAGCAAGUACAACAAGUUCAAAGACAUCCUAGCCAAGCUUUUGAAAGUGAAAAAAGAUAAUGUCGAUAUCUUCACUGUACUUAAGAACCAGGACCAUCCACCAGUCACUGAUAUCCGAUUUUCAGCUCAUGGUUCUCCCUAUUACAAAGCUACUAAGUUGGAUGGACUUAUUUCGCUUCAUAGGAGAAACAUCGAACAGAUAGUCGGUGUGAACAUCACAAUGGUCGGUAUCGAUGAGUGUUUGUAUGAAGAAAAGUGCGAAGACAGUUGCACAAACCACCUGCAAGUAUUCGGGGACAAUCCCGCAAUGGUGAAUGGAAAUCGAACCUCUCUGGUGGGCGUCCGAGCCGAAGUGCAGGCGGAUUGUGUUUGCGGUGCCAGGGACUUCACUGACAUGGAAACUUGUAAAAUAAGACCGAAGCCCUGCUACAAUGAUGGAGUUUGUUCUGAUAAGUUUGGAAUCAUAAAUUGCACCUGCUCUGAGGGUUUCACAGGGCCACAGUGCCAGAAGACAACCCGGCACUUUGGCGGCAAAGGCUAUGCCUGGUUUCCUCCCCUGCAACAGUGCGAAACUUCCCACUUCCAGAUUGAGUUCAUGACCCAGAGCCCCAACGGAUUACUUCUGUAUGAUGGCCCAAUCUCGGAAGCUGAUCCCGGUGAGACGUUGGUCACAGAUUUUUUCUCUUUGGAAUUGCAGGAGGGACGACCCAGGCUCCUGAUUGAUUUCGGAUCCGGAACUUCGGAAAUUGUUAUAAAUGUGAGGUCAAGUUUGAGUGACGGUGGCUGGCACCGACUGGACGUUUUUUGGGAUAGAAUGAAUGUAAGAAUGGUUGUGGACCACUGCCAAGCUGCCCAGACGAGAGACACCGAUCCUCCCCUUUCUGACCGGGCAUUGUGUGAAGGAAAAGCCACCAUUGAACCAUUCAAUGAGUUUUUGAACGUAAAUGGCCCGUUGCAACUUGGUGGCGUGAAGCAUGAGCCACUGUCAUCUUACAAAUGGCGUUACUCUCACACCCGAAGAGGAUUCUCUGGAUGCAUCAAAAACGUUAUCCAUAAUAGCCAGAUGUAUGACCUUGCUGGUGCAGGUGAUUCCCAAGACAGCACCAUUGGUUGCCCACCUGCUGAAGAGCACUGCUACCCCAACCAGGUGGACAGAUUUUGCCAGCAUGGAAGUUGCAUCGGAAAUUACACUGCCGCCAAAUGUGUCUGCUUUCCUGGAUACCAUGGAAAACGAUGUGAUAUAAAAACGCAAGAAAAAAUGUUUGAACAGAACAGCUACAUUCGUUAUGCCUUGACUUUCAAUCCCAAUGAAUAUUCCAAUGAAAUCCAGCUGAGCUUCAGGACCCGACACAAACAUGGAGAACUUUUUAGAGCAGCCAGCAAACAUGGAAGGGAAUACCUUGUGCUAGAGGUCCGCAACAGAACAUUGAGGUUCCGCUUCAACCUGAAUCACUUCCGAUCUGCGGAACAAGAACUGUGGCUGCCUCAUGUGAAGGUGAGUGACGGUCAGUGGCACACAGUAAAUGUCCAGCGCUUUGGCAGCACAGCCAGCAUAUCUCUCGAUGGCGGGGGAGGAAGGCGCUACAGUGAACUGCUGGAAUACGAGGGACAACACCAGGAAUUGUCCAUCAACAAGCAAGAUGUGAUAGCUGGUGGAGAUGUCCACUACGUAGCUCCGGGUGUGACUGUGAUCGACAAUGACUUUCAGGAAGGGUGUUUGGAUGAUAUAAGGUUAGAUACAAGAUAUUUGCCCAUGGAAAAUGGCUCCCAAAGUGCAAUUGUGUUGGACUCUCAGAAUGUGAAGUCUGGAUGUCCAUCGAACAAUCCCUGCCUUGGAGUUUACUGCCCACCACCAUUUAUCUGUGUAGAUCUCUGGAUGCUGUAUGAAUGCAUGUGCCCCAAAGGAUUCAUAGUGACGCCAGACGGGAAAGAUUGCAUCGACGAUGAUGAGUGUGCUUCCGAGCAGCCUUGCUUAAAUGGCGGGACCUGCGUCAACUUGCCGGACGGGCAGGGCUAUCAGUGCAUCUGCCCUGGCGGGUUCAUCGGCAUUCACUGCAAUGCUGUGAGGGAGCAGAAGGUGAUGCAACUCAGCGUAGCAGCUCUGGCGUUGAUUGUUUUCUGCAUAUUUGCAGUUUUGAUUCUGGCCCUGGUUGUGAUAGCCUAUUCUCGGAUAAGGUCACGCAAACCAUACGACCAGAAGGACAUAAUUGACGAUGUGCGAGAAAACAUAAUAGUAUACGACGACGAGGGAGGUGGAGAGGACGACAUGAAUGCAUAUGACAUCAAGACCCUGCAAAUCCCAAUAGAUGGUUAUGGUUCUCCCAUGGGGGCCAAGUCUGGACCAGAAAAGGGACCGAUGAGAGAACCGCACCAAUGGCAAGCCCACCCCGGUGGACAGCCGGAUGUCGGAGACUUCAUCCGCGACCACCAAGACAAAGCGGACAUGGACAUCAACGUCCCGCCCUUCGACGACCUUCGGAACUAUGCCUACGAGGGUGGUGGAAGCUCUGCAGGGUCUCUCAGCUCCCUAGCAUCGUGUACCGAUGACAAUGACCAUGACUUCGACUACCUGAACGGUUGGGGACCCCGAUUCCAGAAACUGGCCGACAUGUACGGACAAGGAGAAAGCGAGGAGGAGUGAUUUUUUGUGGAACAAGUUGCCAAUCCAUGAUGUUUUUAACUUAUGAGACUUUUAAAGUGAAGCAUUUUGCUGCAAGCUGGAUUCUGAUCACAUGGUGUGAGUUAUGCCGAGUUUUGAGCAGGGGAGAAGUGUGUCUAUAUUAGUCUUUCCAAAAAAAAAUGAAGGCCACUGAUGUAUGUAUUAUCCGUAUCAACUUGGACCAUCAUGUACACAUGAGUCACCUGUGUCUCUUCUCUAGCAUAUAUUUCCUCGUGGUCCAAAAUUCGUACUUGCCGGCGAUGCAUGUAAAUUGGACUAAGCGGCAGCUGUUUACGGCCUUUGCUCUGUGAUGCCUUAAUUCAAUGUUCGAAUCCUCGUGCUGUUCUUCAUCCUUCUGAGCAGCAAUUCUGAAUUUUCAUCAACUUUGUUUCAUUUUCAUGACUGACUGAAGGUUGCCAUAAUUUGUUGUGGUCCCAAGUGUGCAUAUACUGCCAACAUUCAUCAUAUGCAUACGUGCAUAUUUGAACCACACACGUCAUUGUUUCCCACUGAACAAUGUAUUGUGAAAUAAAAAAAAAACAUGUUGCUUUUCCUAAUGUGGCAUACUUUUUCUCUUGUGUUUUUUAAGAUAUUUUUUUUAAAUAUUAAGUACUUUUUUAAAUGUAAUAAUUAGUUUUAGUUUCAUCACAAGUGCCACCUUAUAGUUUAUAGUAUAUGUGCAUUUUUUUAUGAUUGCUGUUUUGUAUAAGUUCGAAGAUUAGUUGAUUUUCUUUUGUCUAAGUAAUGAUGCAGCUUUUCCAAUUUUUUUUUUUAUUUCAGUGUAUUUAUUAUAAUAUUAUUGUUUGUUUUGUGAAUGUUAUUUUUCUCUGGAAGAAAGAUUUAAAACUUUACUGCAAACUGUCCGUCCAUAUGUAAUAACUCAUUCAAAUUGAUAAUACUGUUGCGAACACAAUAUGAAGUUUUUGGAUUAACUUUUAUAACAAAAAAUAUAAAAAACCAGUUUUAUGGUUUAGUGUUCACAUUUAUGUUUUUGCUUAUUUAAUGCUAGCAAUUUUCAUUUCCUGGUAUUGAACUACAAAUAUUAAUGAUUAUGUUUUUUAAAAUUCUCUUUAAAAGAUAUUUUUAUGAGUGGUAUAAUUUUUAAAAGCCAAAAGAUUGAUUUUUACUUUAAUUAGCAUAUGUGUGAUAAGGUAAAACUAAUUUAUGCAAUUUUCCCAUUUCAUUUUGAACACUCAUAAAUUCUUAGUAAUUAAGUCUUUCUCAUACUUGAAUUACAUCAAAACUUUUCUCACAACAUUUUUUCAUGAAGUCUUAUGAUUCCAUUUGCAUUUAUAUUUUGAGUAGGAACAUAAUGUUACCAAUCCAACUCUGAUCCUAACAAUUAUUACGGUGCUAUUCUUCCUUCAUCCCAAACUUUAGGAACAGCACAGCUAUAAAACACUACAUCAUAGCUUAUCUCACUUGUAUAGGAAGUUCCACAUGUCUUCAACAUGCACACCAUUUCAUUAUUUUAAGUCAACCUCAACACAUGCAACCAGUGUUGAAAUUUAAAGACACUGUUUUUUCAGUUCUCUUACUAACUGUUAAAAAUGAACGAAAUUUUAUUUCACCAUAAGCAACAUAGUGAUAAUUAUUCCAAAACUUCCAGUUGAAAUCCCAAGUACAUAUUCUCAGCACAGAAUUUAGCUGAAUUCGCAAAUGAAUUGGUGUCCAUUUUUAUUUAGUAAUAUUUCUAGUUGAAUCAUUUCAUUUUUUCCUGAAGUGUUGAGGAUGAGUAAAAUGUAAAUGCACAAUAAAUUACAUGAUGGUAAUCAUUUCAAAACUUCCAGUUGAAAUACUGUUCAUAAAUACGAAGUAAUUUAUAGUUUAAGUACCAUUAUCAAUAUAAACUAUAUUUGCAAUAAAAGUAAUUUCUCUUUUACUACAAGUAUAAUUGAAAAAUUAUUUUUAAAGUUUGAAUUUUAAAUAAUUUUUUAAAAUUAUUGUAAACAUUGAUAAUUUAAAAAUUUCCCUGUAAUUAAUUAAAUAGCUGCUAAGAUAAAACAAAUAACAGAACUAUCUCAGCUAUUACAUUAUAAUUUAACUAGAUUUCAUCAUAAUUUUUUUGUCUGUGCUAUUAUGCAAGAACAAGAGAGAAGAAAAACUGUUUGGUAUAAAUUGUGCAAGUUUUCAUUAUAAAAAUUAAAAGUAAACAAAAAGAAAUAAAAUUAACUAAGAGUAUGUAUAUAGUAUUCAUCCCGUUUGCUGUUUUGAGAACUGUACAAAUUCCACGACAUUUUACCACUGGUUGCAUUCUUCUGUAGGUGACUUCUUUUUUACUUGAUUCUGACGGUUAGUCUGUGACCAAACUAUUUAAUUUGUGUUUGUAUUAAAUGUGUACAAUGACUUUAUGUAAUGUGUAUUUUUAGCAUUUCUUGAUGGCUUAGUUCAUACUGAGUUGCCAUGUUUUUAUUACAUUAAUAUAAAAGCCCAGCUCAGUCAUAUGUAUUUUUUUCUGAUAUUUUAUGCUAUGUAUGAUUCUUCUUUUUUUUAAUUUUUUCAUUUUUAAAUGGUGGAUUUGUGCUACUAACAUUCCCCUGGUUUGGAUCUGAGAUGAUGUGGCUCAAAUUUUAUCGUUGCCUUGUGUGCAGCUAUCAUACUUUAGAGGUCAUGUAACUGUUAAAAGUUUAUUUUACUUAAUGUUUAUUCAUUCAAGUUUUAGAUUUUUCGCUUUAUUGAAAAUUAAGAUAUACUACACAUCAAAUAAUAUGCAAUUUUUCUCAUUUGCAUUGAAUACAAUUCGUUUCUCAAUGUCAUCUCUAAAUUGAAUAUUUAAAAAAAGUUACUUUUGAAAUUAACAUUGCAAAAUCAAAAAACAUUUAAUUUAAAAUGGUUUUGGUCCAAAAUAUGACUUAGCAUUUGUCAUCUUAUGCAUAGUUAAGUUUUUAAUAUGAUUUUUACAUUUAUCUAAGAAUUAAUUUUUUAAAUAAAACAUUUCUUCUAAUGAAUAAAAAUUUCACUUUAAAUUAUUUUUAAUAGCUACUAAAAUACUUUCGUUUUAUUUAUCCGAAGUAUAAAUUAGUUUACUGCAGUUGAAAUGUCUUCUACUGAAAUUAUUCCAGAAAAAUUAUUGUAAUUAUUUAUUUUUGUGUGUGUUAGAGAAUAGAAAGUAAACGAGAAAUCUUCUUAUGGUGUAAAAUACUUUAAUACUUUUUAAUAGACAACUUGUUUAAAUCUUUGCUUUGUAAAAAAUAAGAUUGGAGCAUUCAACGAUUUGAAUUAUUUUAAUUUAAAUGACUCAUAAUUUGAUUUUGAAUAGUUUCUGGAUCACUAUGCCCUUAAAGUAUGCUUUAUUCACUUUAAUCAAUUCAAAUGAUGACAUUUCUUUGACCUCGUGAGAGCAGUUAUUGAAGAUCCAAUCUCAGUCUGACAAUCCUCCAAAUAUGCAUUCGUUACAAAACACUUUUCUGAAUAUUUUCAGUUUCAUAAAUCAUCUGUAAAUGAUGCAGCUGAGUUUUUUUUAUGUAGUUUUGAUUUUACAUCAUUUUUUAACUUUGUGAUUGAAUAAAGAUGAAUUGUAAUUCUA